GUGUGUGUUUGUGUGUUUAACUAUAUUUGUUAUUAUUUUCUUUUUGUUAUCUUUCGGUUCAAUUUCGAGUGCUUUUCGCGGUUCUCCAAGUGUCAUUCUGGGAUUCUGACAGAAGUAGGCAGUUUUAAUCAGCUUUCUACACAGUUAUCAUUCGCAGUGCGUGUUCAUCGGAAUUGGGUUCGUUUUGACUGUGUAUUUUUUCAUCGGAUAAGUAUCGUCGAGGAUAAUUUGAUCGGUUUUCUAUUGCUUGGCCAAUUGGUAGUGCAUUUUUUCCCGAAUAGGAAGAAGUGUAGCAUUUAUAGGGCGGCCCAUCUGCUAAUCAAAUUAUAUAAGAUUAUAUCAAGGAUCCGGAUAUUGAUAGGCUUGCGCUAGUCCAGCCCCAAAGUAUCCAUCCUCCGAUCGAAUUGCAGGGAAGAUCAAAAGUACGAUGCUUCUGAACCGAAAUAAGUUUGGAGGGUUUCGACCGGCCAAGAUUCUGAAGUUGGAUAAAAUGGACGCACCGGCAACAUCGGACAUUUGUAUCAUCAAUGGGAACUCUCAUCCGGAUUUGGCCAAUCUGAUUGCCAGUCGCUUGGGUGUCAAUAAUGGUGGCUGCUCGGUAUAUCACAAAACCAAUCGGGAAACGAUGGUUGAAAUCGGCGAUUCAGUUCGUGGAAAGGAUAUCUACAUUAUCCAAACAGGCACUAAAGACGUCAACAACAACAUCAUGGAGCUGCUCAUCAUGGCGUACGCCUGCAAAACUUCCUCGGCCAACUCCAUCGUCGGGGUAAUCCCGUACCUGCCGUAUUCCAAGCAGUGCAAGAUGCGCAAACGAGGAUGCAUCGUGUCGAAGCUGCUGGCCAGAAUGAUGUGCACCUCCGGGCUGACGCACAUCAUCACCAUGGACCUGCACCAGAAGGAAAUCCAGGGCUUCUUCGACUGCCCGGUGGACAACCUGCGAGCUUCCCCGUUCUUGCUGCAGUACAUCCAGGAGUGUAUCCCUGAUUAUCGCAACUCGGUGAUCGUGGCUCGUAAUCCAGGUUCUGCCAAGAAAGCCACAUCAUACGCCGAACGUCUACGGUUGGGAAUUGCCGUGAUCCACGGAGAACAGAAGGAGUCCGAAACAGACGAAGUUGAUGGACGUAAUUCGCCCCCAUUGCUGCCCAAAUCUCGCACAAUGGACGUCUCCGGUGGAGUUCCGGUUCAUCCGGCUAAGGAGAAGCCCCCAAUCAACGUGGUGGGAGAUGUUGGUGGCAGGAUUGCGAUCAUGGUGGACGAUUUGAUCGACGACGUCCAGUCGUUCGUAGCUGCAGCCGAAGUCCUGAAAGAGAGAGGAGCGUACAAAAUCUACGUAAUGGCCACGCACGGUCUGCUGAGCCAGGAUGCUCCAAGGUUGAUUGAAGAUUCUCCUAUCGAUGAGGUGGUCGUUACCAAUACCGUUCCGCACGAGAUCCAGAAGAUGCAGUGUCACAAGAUCAAAACGGUCGACAUCAGCAUCCUACUGGCUGAGGCUAUUCGUCGCAUUCACAACAAGGAAUCGAUGUCGUAUUUGUUCAAAAAUGUCACUCUAGAAGACUAGGCCAAUAAUCAGAACAGCUUUCGAUUAACGCCAAACCAACCUACUGAAUGUAACUAAAACUACAUACUGAAUCACACCUACUUUCGGAAACUACUGUGGGAAUCAAUGAGGAAACAACAAGCUUCUGAUCGAGUGGAAGAUUAUGUGUCUGGUUAUGAUAGAGAUCAAUUACCGCAACCGUGUUUCAUUUGACUUGCCGUUGAAGCACUUUUCGAUAUAAAUUCAACCGCAAAUCCUCGUUUUGAUUACAUGAAACUCCAAGUUCUGCCAUGGCGAGAACGAAACAAGUGAUGGUAUGUAUUUUCUGAGAACCACUGCAACUAUAUGAUUUUAAGUACAAUGAAAACGAUUCACGAUUUAUAUAUUA